AGAGCAGUCUGAAUACUACGGCGGCCGCGCAGGCUCGUCUGCGUUCCUCCCGGGCUCCCAGCGGCGGUCGGCGCGCGCCCACGCCCCGCCCUGCUUAGUUUCAAGCGGGCCGGCCAGGUCUGCGCAGUCGCGGCGGCCGGGGAAGAUGGUGGAGGACGGCGUGGAGGAGCUAGAGGACUUGGUGCACUUCUCGGUGUCCGAGUUGCCAAGUCGCGGCUACGGCGUCAUGGAGGAGAUCCGGCGGCAGGGCAAGCUGUGCGACGUGACGCUCAAGGAAUUAAGAAGCAGCUUAGGGAUUUCUCAUGAGGUUGCAGUCCACUGUCACCUUGGGCUGCAGUCAUCUGAAAGCUUCACUGGGGCUGGAGGAUCUUCUUCCAAGCUCACGCAGAUUGGGGACCACAAAUUCAGUGCUCACCGGAUCGUCUUAGCAGCCUCAAUCCCGUACUUCCACGCUAUGUUUACAAAUGACAUGAUGGAGUGCAAGCAGGAUGAGAUUGUAAUGCAAGGAAUGGACCCAAGUGCCCUGGAGGCUCUGAUCAACUUUGCCUACAAUGGCCACCUUGCCAUUGACCAGCAGAAUGUCCAGUCAUUGCUGAUGGGGGCGAGUUUCCUACAGCUGCAGAGUAUCAAGGACGCUUGCUGCACGUUCCUCCGAGAGCGGCUUCACCCAAAGAAUUGUCUGGGUGUCCGCCAGUUUGCCGAGACCAUGAUGUGUGCUGUGCUGUACGACGCAGCUAAUAGCUUCAUCCACCAGCACUUUGUGGAUGUGUCCAUGUCAGAAGAAUUCCUGGCCCUGCCCUUGGAAGACGUGCUUGAGCUGGUGUCUCGAGAUGAGCUGAAUGUGCAAUCAGAAGAGCAGGUCUUUGAAGCCACAUUGGCCUGGGUCAGAUACGACCCGGAACAGAGAGGGCCCUGCCUGCCUGAGCUGUUGUCCAACAUCCGCCUGCCCCUCUGCCGGCCCCAGUUCCUGUCAGACCAAGUGCAGCAGGAUGACCUGGUGCGUUGCUGCCACAAGUGCAGGGACCUAAUAGAUGAAGCAAAGGACUAUCACCUCAUGCCAGAGCACCGACCCCACCUGCCGGCUUUCCGAACUCGGCCUCGCUGCUGUACGUCCAUCACUGGCCUUAUCUAUGCCGUCGGGGGCCUCAACUCAGCAGCAAAUUUUUAUGCAGGUGAUUCCCUGAAUGUGGUGGAAGUGUUUGACCCCAUCGCCAAUUGCUGGGAGAAGUGCCAUCCCAUGACAACAGCCCGCAGCCGUGUCGGUGUGGCUGUGGUGAAUGGACUUCUCUACGCCAUCGGGGGCUAUGACGGCCAGCUACGGCUGAGCACUGUGGAGGUCUACAACCCAGAGACAGACACAUGGACCAGAGUGGGGAGCAUGAAUAGCAAAAGAAGUGCCAUGGGGACGGUCGUGCUGGAUGGGCAGAUCUACGUCUGUGGGGGCUAUGAUGGCAACUCCUCUCUCAACUCUGUGGAGACCUACUCACCUGAGACGGACAAGUGGACAGUGGUGACCCCGAUGAGCUCGAAUCGCAGUGCUGCUGGGGUUACAGUCUUUGAGGGCAGGAUAUAUGUGUCGGGUGGCCACGACGGUCUGCAGAUCUUCAACAGUGUGGAGCACUACAAUCACCAUACAGCCACCUGGCAUCCAGCAGCCGGCAUGCUCAGCAAGCGCUGCCGCCAUGGAGCUGCCUCCCUGGGAAGCAAGAUGUUUGUCUGCGGGGGCUAUGAUGGCUCCGGCUUCCUCAGCAUUGCUGAGGUGUACAGCUGUGUGGCAGACCAGUGGUGCCUGAUAGUCCCCAUGCACACACGCCGGAGCCGUGUCUCCCUGGUGGCCAGCUGUGGGCGUCUUUACGCUGUGGGGGGCUAUGACGGACAGUCGAACCUAAGCUCAGUGGAGAUGUAUGACCCAGAGACAGAGCGCUGGACAUUUAUGGCCCCCAUGGCCUGUCAUGAGGGAGGGGUCGGUGUAGGCUGCAUCCCUCUCCUCACCAUCUAAGGCAGAGAGGGUGGGAUGUGUGGAGUAGGGAUGUGGUACAAAUAUAGGCACUUCCUUCCAGGGACCGUCCUUCACGGGAGAGGCGGUGGAUCAGAAGAAGGUGUGAAAUGUGAGCUCGCUGGAGGAACAGUUUCUCCAGGUGCUUAGGUCCUCCCUCACUGUGCUGCCCUUGUGACCGUCAGACUGAGGUCAUCACAAUGCACAGGACAGAAGCAAGCCCCUCUGGGUUCACAGCUGGUGACACAGGACUGCUCUGCAGGUCUGCACAUACACAGGCUCCAUCCAAGCCAGCUCCCACCUGCCACAGCUCUGUGGGCCACCCCCUUGCAGAACACCUUCCAUCUGAUUCUCCUUCUCGCCCGCUAUCCUCCGGCCAUACUGUGGCCAAUUUGAUGGGACGGCUGCAGUGGUCAAGCCUGUUGGAAACCAGGGUGUGGCUGGGAGAGGAAGGACACUCCAGGUGUUCUCACUGCCUCCAGUGAUGCAGCCACAGCAGUGUGCUGGCUGCGCAUAAGCACCUCCUCCUUCCAUUCAGGACACAGGAUUUUGUCCUCAUUGUUGGGUAACCAGGAAGAACGGAAGCUUUUCCUGUGUCUGAUUUUGGGAUUUCAGUGCGGUCUUUUUCAUCUUGCUCAGAAGUAACAAAAAAACAAAAGAAAAAUACUUGAAAGAAACUGGAAAGAAAACUACUUUUUUUUUUAAGUGAACAUUUUUUUGCAAGAAGAAAACAAAAGAUGCUGAAGGCAAAUAAGUGUUUAAAUUGAAGACCACCCAACAUGAAAAGGGUGGUAUCCACCCCCACAUUUGGAUCCUAGGGUCCUGAGGCCUCGCAUAGCACUUGGGGUUCCCUCUGAGCCCCAGCAUGUCUGAGAUCAGUGCUCUCGACUGGUCCUGUAGCAAGGUGCUCAUGGGGUUUGUCUUCACACCCACCAUCAGAGGACUUUUUUAAUGUUAAGCAUAGUGAGUUGGCUGAAUUACUGCCACUCUUCUGGGUGGGAGCUCCCAGCUCAUUGCUGGAGGCUCCAGAUGCCCUCUGGUUACCUCCCACUGCCACCAUGGCCCUCAUUCCCAUUCCCUGUCCCCAUGUUCCUUCCUUAUUUGACCAGCAGGAGACAGCAGGUCUGGCUAGAUUAUCACUUGCCCGUCUAUCAUUCUUGAAUAAUGUUCCUCUUUAUGAUGCUUCUGGGGCACAUUAACCAUUUGUACCUCUAUAACCUAACCAGGGACAUGGUCCUCCCACCAGCCAUGGUCUGGCUUGGUCCAGUAAUCUCGCUGCCCUGCCAGUCCACUGCUCCUCCAUCCACUCGCCAAUGCCCAGGGUUUGGCUUCCCUCCAGCCCCUGGCUAACUGACCAGCAAGGUGAACCUUUAUGUUCAAGCAAAGCUGACUUCAUGACAUAAAGAACUGAAGACCGAAAGAAUCUCUUGCUGCUGCAAAGAACAGAUUUUAUAUUUCUUCCGCUGAUCUUAGCAUAUGACCUCUUGAAGAGACUCCAUGCUCCUCCUUCCUCAGUGGAUGGACCCCUCAUGUAGCACAGCAGGACCCAAACAGGAGGACACUUCCUAUUACCAGCGCACUGGGCAGUGGGGCUGUCCUUCAACUGCUGCUGCCAAAAUCUGGUUUCUAAAAUCUUCCAGUAGUAACCCGAAGAGGAUACAAUUCCUUUAAUGCAAGAUUGGUUCUCCACCUGGUUGGUUUUCUUUGCUGCUGCCUGGGGUGGCCUGGAAGCCUGUUAAGAAAGGCACAGUGUGGAUGGAUCCUGAGAUGUCUCUCCCAUCCCAGGACUGUGAGAUUCACCAGUGUGUGCAAUCGCCAUGUAGCCAGAGGGAAGUUCCUUUGCUACCUGCCACUUAGGAGCUGGACCUCUGCUACAAGCACUUGAAAAUGAUGUUUUUAUUUUAAAAGACUCAACAACCUGAUACAGGUUAGCCUGGGCUCCCAGUGGAGCUCCAGUGUUUCUUACUCCUCGGUUAGCCUACAGAGGUAGACUUGGAACGUGGUUGGGGUCUGUGUUUCCCAUUAGAGAGGAGAUAUCAGUGCUCAUCGUCUUAUAAGCCCUUUCCGUUUGUGGAUUUGAAGCAGCAUUGACAAGCUGGAUUGUGAAGGUAUUAAGAGUCAGUCAGUGGGCUAAAUGAGUGGGCCUCAGCAUGUCCUUAGGAUGCCAGUCCAGACUUUUCCACUGGGGAUGCUAAGUCCUUUUUCCAUCAUCUGCUAUUCUUGUAGUGGCCUUCCUGAGUCCACUCCCACAACCUGGUGUGGAAGUCACACUGCUGCACCCAUGGUCAGUGUUUCUAAGUAAGAUGAAGCCAGUGCUUUGAUCUGGGCUGUGAGCACAAAUUAACAGACUCUUCAGUCAAUUUUCACACUCUUCAGUCAAUUCCUCAGUCUGAUGGUGAAUGACUGCAAAUGGCUGGUCUGGCUCUUUGGUGUUGGAUCCUUUCCAAUAGCACCGUGAAAAAAAAGAUGUCACCCAAGGAUAUUGUAAAAAGGGUGUAACAGUGAGGUAAGACAGAUACGGCACUCACUGAGCCUUGGGCUCUAGCCCAGCUCUGAGCAGAGGACCGUGACAUAUGUUAUCCUUGGGCAUUUUCUCUUCUUAGAUGACACAUAGAACCUUCUCGUCUGGGGUUCCUCUGAAAUCAAAACCAGGAUGGGAGCUGAAGAGCAGCCUUUUGACUUGGUCACAGAGAUGUGAGUAGGUAGAAAUUCUCCUCUCCCCCAAUUUAUUGUUUCCCAGAAAAAUCUUACUUCCUUUUAUUUAUAGAAUGCAUGUCUUUUGUGUUAACAAACCAAAGAGAAAUAAAGACUAUACUCCUAAUA